CAUGUCGAGUAUAGGACUUGCGCUGAUAUUGUGCAUCACAAUCAACCAAAGCCUGUUAGUUAUUGGAAUCAAAACCAGCCCUUUGGAUGGCGCCAAAAUCGCGACUUGGAACAUCAAUAGCGUUGGGCGAUGGGGACGAGAUAAAGGUGAUUCGGUGUUGGCCACGUUUGAGUCGGUCCUCAACGCAUCCAGCAUCCUUGGGGUUCAGGAAGCGACGGGCAUCGAGCGAUAUCACAACGAACACUGGGGAGAUCGCUACCAGCUCUGCGCACUGGAACAGGAGCCGGAGGGGACGAGAUCGCGCACGUAUCGCCAGUUUGCUGUUUUCGUUAAAGCGGAUGAAUACAAGGUUGUUGGGAUCUGGGCAGAGGUUUUACCUCUGGACGAGGUAUAUGGGAUAAAGUGUCUGCUUCUGCCACACGACGAAGCAAACACCCGACAAAACACGAGAGAUCACGGUAUACUCGUGUACAACGUUCACCUGAAGGCGGGAAAGUCGAAAGCCGAUGCCGCAACACGUGACCUGGAACUCUCCAGGCUGGUGAAGGAUGUAAAUGAUGACCGAGGAGACUUCGGCGCGCAAAUCGUUCUGGGAGAUUUCAAUUAUGACCAAAAGGCAAACAGCAAGGAACGAUGGACUGAACUCUUCUCCCACAUCGGCAUCAAUUUUCAAGGAGUCCUAGAAGUCAAUAAAAAAGGUUAUAAUAGUAUAACUGAGGGCCAAGGGUUCCUUUACACGACGCCAGGCGGCGGCACAUAUGACGGCAUCUUCAUACCAGGUCACGUGGCGGAGACCUAUUACAGCCCCGACUCGAAAUCCUCAUUGGAGAUGUUUGUUCCGAAGAAUCAUAAAGGUGUCAACGUCAUAACAGAUAACCAACUGAGCGACCAUCUUCCCAUUCUCGGCUCACUUCCGUUGUUGGGCAAGAUCGGCAGUUAUAACAUACGGUAUUUCAAACUGUCUUCAGCUGCCGCGGAUACUGAACUGGCUGCAGUUUACGCCAGUGUCAUCAAUAAUAUGGAUGUAGUAGCCAUACAGGAGGUAAUGAACGAGAAGAAUAUAGACAGAAAGGAAUAUCUCGAAAACAUGUUUUCUGCUCAUAAAUGGGCUGUAGCCGACCAGUAUGCAUGUGGAUACAGAGCCCCCUACCGGAUCGUUGGAGAAGCACAUCUGGUCGACAUAGGGAACGGAUACAGGCAUGGUUUUCUUUGCAAAUUGACGAAACCCCAUGGAGGUCGAGAUAUGGGCGUGUGCCUGCUCAAUCUGCACCUCUUAAACAACAUGGCGGGCAAAGCUGACGUCACCCGAGUCAUCCAGCAUGUCAUGGCACUGAUGAAAAAAGACCCAUUUUGCCACCAGGCGUACAACAUCGUCCUGGGUGAUUUCAACAAUCAAAUCUUACAAUCGUCCACCUACGACAAAGAUUGGCCUUCUCUGCAAAGACUCGACUGCCGUCACCAAGUGAACACCAAGUGGACAUACACCGCCAUUCACUACAAGAACAGACUCGACCACAUACUUGUGGCGCCACCUUUCGAUGAGAUAACGUCAGACAUCAGUGGAUCCUGUGUUGUCAUGUCUCAGUUAGCUGGGCGUCCUUACAGGUAUAAACUAGAAAGCUGGAGGGAAGUCUCGGAUCAUUUCCCGACCUUCGGCACUUUUGAUUUGGAUGAGAAUGUUCAGAGACAUCCUGCUGAAGGAGGGUAAACGAGAUGACAAGGAUAUCUAUCUCGAGGGUUGCAAUAUUGGACUCCAUAAUUGCAUGUAUUUCACUGUUCUGUAUUAGAAUGAUAGAUGCA